AUGUUAAGUUUGUUAAAACGCUCAUCGGAAUGGGUCCGGGAUCAGGCGCCUGGUCUACGGUUCCUAUCGUGCAAUACAGUUGAAGCACCCAUUGAUUAUGCAUUUAACGCGGAAUCCAUUAAAGAAAAUUUGAAUUCAGACCAAAGCAGUAUUGAUAGUCGCAAAAUGUUUUACCUCAAGCAUAACCACACGGCCACCACACCCACCAGUCCUACCACUACCACCACAGCCACCGCCGGUGCUAUUCCCGGGCCAUCGGCUCCCGAGAAGACCAACUUAUCGUCGAUUACCAACGAGUUUUCAUUGAAGUUUCUACGGCUGGCUGUGGCCCGACCUCAAGAGUCCUGUCCUGAGGCACACUUUCCGCCCAAUCGGGAGUCUGUGAUAUUAAACUGCAAGAUUUUUGUGCCAACCAAACUGCCCAAUGCGCUCAAUACAAACGCACCCGACUAUGAGAGUGUGGCCGCCAGUAAACGCAAGAUCGAGGCCUGGCUUAUGGCUACCGGUAUGUUGUCAUCCCUUAACCAU